UGCUAACCAGCGCGAAGCCUGGGCGAAAUGAUUCCCAACAAGCCCGUGUUAUUGCAGCAUACGUUUAUACGAUUUCUUCAGCUUCUUGUGAGAUGCCAUAUAGCUAGCUAGCUGAGUAAAUAAGUUUCUGUCUCGUCCUCUGUCACGUCUCAGUCCGGGUGAGUGAGCGUCAGGCACACGCAUUGAUUAAGCUAGCGAAUAGCUUGCCAGCUAACGUUAGCUCAGAGCUGAAUUAGCCUGGCUGGGGUUAGGGGUAGUUGUGGUAGAAGAAAGGAUGCUUUUCGCUUGGUUUCGUGUCUCCCUCGGGCAUGCUUGUCGUUACACACACCGUCAAAAACCAGCCUUCAGAGUGAGGAGGAAAUGACACAACUGAGUGUUCGUCGCUGGACGCCCAAACACGUCGCCAAGUGGCUGAAGGAAGAGGGUUUCUGUGACUAUGUCGACUUGCUGUGCAACAAGCACCGACUGGACGGCACCAGUCUGCUCGCCCUCAGCGAGUAUGACCUCCGCUCACCGCCUCUGGAGCUCAAAGUGCUGGGGGACAUCAAGCGGCUGAUGGUGUCCAUCCGCAAACUCCAGAAACAGAAUAUAGAGCUGUUGGAGGAGCUGGGUCUGCCCUUUGAUGGCCACUCUCCUACAGGCUCCGGAGGCAGUUUGGACUGGCUGUGUAAUGGAGACUCAGGCAGAGACUGUGAUAGCACUGACACAGCACCAGUGGGAGAGGAGUAUCACCAGUACACUAAUGGGAAGUACAAGCAGCAGACGAGGCGCCUGGACCCAGAGUACUGGAAGACAGUGCUUAGCUCCAUCUAUGUGGUCUUUGUGUUUGGAUUCACGUCCUUUGUCAUGGUCAUAGUGCAUGAGAGGGUGCCUGACAUGCGCACAUACCCUCCACUGCCAGAUAUUUUCCUCGACAGUGUGCCUAGAAUACCAUGGGCCUUUGCCAUGGCUGAAGCGUGUGGAGUGAUCCUCUGUAAUAUCUGGCUGCUGGUUCUGCUGCUCCACAAACACAGGUCCAUCCUUCUGCGGCGCAUGUGCAGCCUCAUGGGGACGGUGUUCAUGCUGCGCUGUAUCACCAUGUUUGUCACCUCCCUGUCUGUGCCAGGACAGCACCUGCAAUGCUCAGGAAAGAUAUAUGGUGACAUGUGGGCGAAACUGCAGCGAGCUGUGGCCAUCUGGAGUGGUUUUGGGAUGACCCUGACAGGAGUGCAUACAUGCGGUGACUACAUGUUCAGCGGCCACACCGUGGUCCUUACCCUGCUCAACUUCUUUGUCACAGAGUACACUCCACGGAGCUGGAACUUCAUUCAUACGUUGUCCUGGGUCCUGAAUCUCUUCGGCAUCUUCUUCAUCUUGGCCGCGCAUGAACACUACUCCAUCGACGUGUUCAUAGCGUUCUACAUCACUACCAGACUCUUCCUGUACUACCACACUCUGGCCAACACCCGGGCCUACCAGCAGAGUCGACGAGCUCGCAUCUGGUUCCCCAUGUUCUCCUUCUUCGAGUGCAACGUCAACGGGCCCGUCCCCAACGAGUACUGCUGGCCCUUCUCUAAACCCACUGUGAUGAGGAGGCUGAUUGGAUAAAAAGCAGCUUCAGCGCUAAUGUCAGACACUUGAUAGCCUGUGCUGUUUCGUCUGCUCUGUCAAGUUGCCAACUGAGGUGGUGUGUGUGUGUGUGUGUGUGUGUGUGUGUGUGUGUGUGUGUGUGUGUGUGUGUGUGUGUGUGUGUGUGUGUGAUAUCUUCAUCAACAAAGACAACUGAUGUGAAUCCUGUUAGCACCAAGGCCUGAUGGGAUACACAGAGCCAUACCUUCUUAUAUUCUGGGACUCAUCUUCUAAACCUGCUUCACCUGUCAGCAUUUUUAGGCGGAUUAUACAACAUCUACAAACCCCUACAUUCAUUCAUUUGAAACGUGAACACAGUGAAGACACGUCUCAUGUAUUGGUUGCUUAUUUUUCUUUUAAAGGGAUAAUAUUAUUUUAUGUAGCAUGAACUGCAUUUUUCAGUACCUCACAACUUUAAAAACAUCCUCCUCUGUUAAGAGUAUUUGGUGAUUUAAAAAGAAGCCACUAAAGACUCUCAGGCAGCAGUCUACCUAAUCCUUCCCAGCAGUUUGCUACUUUCUGUGCAAUCACAAAUACCUGAUCAUUUCAAGGUUUGGAUCUGGAUUCUUAGUCUGAAAGUUUUGUAAAACAUAACACUAUGGACCACUGUUAAAGCAAUAUGUAAAGAUCUACAUUUCACUGUUGCUAUUUUCUGUAUAGCAAAAUAAUGUUCUACAUGUCAACAGGUCUUUGCCAUUGUUUGAAUUUCUUUUUCAUUCCUUGAGAUUAUGCUUACGUUUUGACAGUGUUACUAAAUGUUGACAGAGUAAUUCAUGCCUCGUUGAAAGAUGCAGUAACAUAGAGCAGUUCUCUGUUGAUAUUGUUCACUUAGCGCUGCAUUUUCCUCACCAGACGUAGUAAAGAUGCAUUCAAGGAAACGUCACAAUCGGCCAAAAACAUGGAAUCAAAAGAUUUUUUCCAGCUGUCUUAAAUAUCUAAUUCCAUUUGCCAAUUACCUUGAGUGUUAUGAUAGGUUUCUCCGUGUAGAAAUGUCCCAAAUCUUUCAUGUUUACUGUGCGAUAGUUGUAUAGUGUUUUUUAAAAAAAAGAAUAAAAAAAAAAAAAACCAUAGAGUGUAAAUGACCAGAUUUGUGUAGAAUUUGAAAUUUCCCUGAUAAUAAUCCUUUAACAUCAAUCUGUUGUAAGGGUUCUUGAAAAAGGACCUAUAAAUUUGUAUGUAUUUGUUUAUAUUAAUUUAUUUAAUUUUGUAAAUGUCAAUAGGUAUUUUUAUAUUUCAUAUACAGUGUUACAGCAACAUGCACAUGGAGAAAUAUGUUUACAGUUGCUCUUAACUUUGUAUUUGUUGGAAACACAAUGUGCUUUUUAAGUGUAAUGUUUAUUUCAGAUGGGCCUCUGCAUUUCAUGGAGUGAAACUUGCCAGAUGUUGUAAUUGAUUCGGUCAUUGGCACGUUAUAAUACAUGAUUAUUGUAAAUGGAGUUGACAGUCUACAACACAUCCUUUCAGUGACGAACGAUGCUGUUGUGUUCAUGCGCUCCUGCAAAGCCACAUUACUCGUUUCAUGUCUUGUUCAGUCAUUUCCAUCAUUAAAGAGCUGAAAUCAAA